AUGCUCUGUAAAAGGAAUUUUUACUCCACCAACAUUUCAAAAAGUAAGCGAUUCAAGAAGAUACGGAAGAUUGGAAGCAUAAAAAUGCACAUCGAGGACUGUUUAUUUGAGUUUGAAUCAUCCCCGCUAUGGCUUGGAGUCCGUAUCUUCCUCUAUGUUUUAUCAGCAAUACUUGGUGUCAUAGCUGCGGUUGCCAUGGCAGUCGCCAAAGGAGCAUUUUAUCACGAGACAUUACAUCCAAACGGUCUCUGCGUUCUUUUUGGUUACUCUACGUAUAGAGGUUUAGAAGAUGACAAAUAUGUUAAACUAGAUUACAAUGAACACAGUAGCGCAAUUUGUUUCUCUAUAAUUGUUAUCAAUUCUGUUGCAACCGUUGCGCUCCCAUUUAUAGUAGGAAUCAUUCUCUUGAUAAUAAUAAGACGGGCAUUGAUAAUGGACAAAAUGCGGACCAGAGUGGUAAGAUUGGGAAUGCUGAUAUUUUCCAUUGUUGUGCUUGUCACCGCCUUUACUGCUGGAGUGAUUGCAACGUCGGGGUAUAAUGUUUGGUGUUCCUCGCUCCUUGAUGUCCUCAGGGAAGGAAAGCAAAAAGCUUCUAAUUGUAGUGAGGCCAUUAUCAAAAAUAUACCGAUUGGGGGGACUUGGGAAUCUGGCAGUGUGAUCAACUAUACGAAACCAAUGGAUUCCCUUGUCGUAGCAUCGUGGAUUCUUGUCGCCGUCUGGACAGUGAUUUGUAUCAUAGAAAUAGUAGCGUUUCGUCGUUCAAGAGUGUCGCCGCCUGACUGCAACUCUGAUAGGGCUCCGGUUGUGACGGAGUGA